UUUAUCAUAAAUUAAUCGCAAACACGUUUUGUGUCAAUUUUUUUACUGAUUUAUUCAUCAUCGUCAUCGUCUUCUUCCCUUCCCCGAGACUUAUUAGAUUCAAGAAGGCAGAAGAAAUGGUGAGUUUCAUUAAGGCAUGGGGUUUAGUGAUUAUCUCACUGUGUUACACUUUUUUCAUUGCCAGAUUGGUUCCAAAAGGAAUCCAAAGGCUGAUUCUGAUCAUCCCAGUUCUACUCAUUUUCUUCAUAGUUCCUUUAUUGAUGAAACCUUCCAUACACUUACUCGGCAUCACGGCUUUCCUCAUCGGUUGGCUCGCUAAUUUCAAGGUAUUUCUCUUUGCAUUAGGACGUGGUCCGCUCUCUUCAAACCCUAAACCUCUAUCUUUACCUAUUUUCUUAGCUGUCUCUUGCUUACCCAUCAAGAUUCAGCUGAGCACUAAAUCUCCAAAAUCUGGCUCCCAUGGAGGAGGAUCCAGAGAGGGUCCUUUGAGUUAUACCAUUAAGGCGUUUCUUUUGGUUCUUCUCAUCAAAGUCUAUGAUUACAGCAGCAAACUGCCUGACAAAGCCCUGUUGACUCUUUACGCGAUCCACAUCUAUAUCACCCUCGAACUCAUCCUAGCCGCCAUGGCUGCUGUGGUUCGAGCCAUGUCCGAUCUUGAGCUUGAGCCACAGUUCAACGAGCCAUACCUCGCAACAUCACUUCAAGAUUUCUGGGGGAGACGAUGGAACUUGAUGGUCACUGGAAUCCUACGACCGACCGUGUAUGAUCCCAUGGUCCAGCUGUUCUCCGUCUUGGGUCGGAACUGGUCAAGGGUUCCUGCCAUUUUUGGGACGUUCGUUGUCUCGGGGAUAAUGCACGAGCUCAUCUUCUUCUACAUGGGACGGUUGAGGCCAGAUUGGAAGGUAAUGUGCUUCUUCCUUAUACACGGAUUCUGCACGACAGUGGAGAUUAUCAUCAAGAAAACCAUUAACGGACGGUGGAAACUCCAAACAGCAAUCAGUCAGUUAUUGACACUCGGUUUUGUGAUAGUGACAGCUUUGUGGCUGUUCUUGCCAGAGUUUAAGCGGUGCAACAUAGCUGAUAGAGCAAUUGAAGAGUACAAAUCUAUAGGCACGGUUGCAGCUGAGAUCAGGAGCAUGAUGGCUUCUCUUUUUUAAACUUGCCAUUUGCAAAUCUUGAGUGAUCUCUAUUGUGACUUUUAUAUUUUUUGUUCCUACCACUAAAAUAUGUACGUUUCUGCAACUA